AUGGUGAAUUUGAUACCAAGCUCAAUGCUUCAGCCAUCACCACUCCUCACGAGACACCCGAGCCCGACUCCGUCAACAGCCAUCGUGCCACGUUCCGCACACGUCAAGCGCCGUGCUGUCCGGUCACAAGGCAAGCGACACAAGGAUAAAGGCGACAAAGGGAUUAAUACAAGAAGGAAACGCGACGGCCAAGAUGGAGUGCCAAGAAAGAGAAAGCAUACUCCUCGGAAGAGCGCCGUGACGGAAUCACAUUCGCGCGAGGAGGAAGCAAACCCGUUGCCUACACCCUCAGAUAUCGACAAUUUAAAAUCCAUCGCCAGUUCAGACUGCCUCUGCUGCAACGGCUUCGACUAUAGCGCUUCUAACUUUCUUUGUUUUGCGCCAGAACAGUCAACUUUUAUGGCCCAUGGCCUGGGUAUCAUCAGUCAUGCCCAAUCUGGGGUAGUCCUCCUGAGCAUGACGCAAGAGAUAGCGGAGAAGAAUCCGAUUCCCCGACUGCCCCAUUCUUUCCUCUUAAGCCUCCAUGUUCUUUACCUCACGUUUACGCGGGACCACACCUACGACUUGUUCAUUGAGCACUUUAUCCAGGCCGUCCAUCUCUACCGAGGAGUUCGGACUCUCGCCGCCCUGAACUAUAGCCUUGCUGUUGAUUCGCCCCUUGGCCCCUUUUUGGCCAUGGGCUAUGACGCUGGCGUCUCUGAACCUACCAGGACAGAGUGCACUAGGCUUGUCGAGUUCAUUGACUCUGGGUUUGACAUUCAUGCUACCUUGACGGGGGAGCAGCGUGCCCUAACAGCAGUGGUCUACCCGGCUCUGUUGACCGAGGAAUACAUAACUACUCUGCGAAAGUGUCGCCUAGAAACCAUCGUGACCCUGGCACAUGAUGGCAUCUUACUACACCUGUGUCGUCACGUUUGGGUCAUUGGUGAUGCUGGGGAGUUUCUGAUUGGACUUAUUGCUCGGCGUCUAGGGCCUUGGUGGCAUGAGGCACUGAAAUGGCCUUUGGAGGUUGUGGCGUCGGAAGUAUAUCCAAGUUGA